AUGCCCCGCAAGAUGAAGAACAAGGCUGUCGUGCCUGUCGAAGAGCCCCCAUCCAAGCGCACAAAGCUCUUUGACGAAGACGCCGUUUCCGACGACGAAGCUGUCAACCUCACCAUCAACGAGGAGUUUGCCAAACGCUUCGAGCACAACAAGAAGCGCGAAGAGAAGCAAAGACUCGAGGAAAAGUACAAGGACGAAGACUCUGACGACGACGAGUCGACCGACGAAGAUGAAGACGAUGCCGCCGAGCUGGCCACUGCCGACCUCGACGAUGAGAUUUUCGCUACUCUCAAUGCCAUCAAGAAGAAGGACCCGCGCGUCUACGACCCCAAAGUCACUUUCUACACGCCAUUCGAAGCCGACCAAGCCAACGACGACGGAAGCAAGAAGGAAAAGCCCCUGUACUUGGCCGACUAUCAUCGUCAAAAUCUUCUGAAUGGCACCGCCCAGGUUGAUGAAGAAGAAGAUGCCCCUCCGCAGACAUAUGCCCAAGAGCAACAAGCUCUCAAGGACGACCUGAUCAACCAAAUGCACGCCACGGCUGAUGACCAAGCCGACGACGAAGACGACUUCCUUGUCAGAAAGCCUGGCCAGGCUCCUGCUCAAUCUGUUAACACUACCGCCCGCCCCCAGAUCACUGAACGCGACAUCCAGGUUGCCGACAAGGACCCCGAGACCUUCCUGUCAAACUUUAUCCAAUCCCGUGCAUGGGUUCCUGAUGAGAAGUCACGCUUUGACGCUUUCGAUUCGGACGACUCCGAGGAUGAGAGGCGUGCCGAGAUGUUCGAGGAUGCCUACAACAUGCGCUUCGAAGAUCCCACCAAGGCCAAUGAGAAGCUCAUGACCUUCUCUCGUGAUGUCGCCAAGUUGAGUGCUCGCAGAGAGGAGAAGAGUGGCAGAAAGAAGCAGCGUGAAAAGGAGCGCGAAAAGAAGGAAGCCGAGAAGCGCGAACGCACAGAGGAAAAGGCCAGACUCAGAAAACUCAAGAUUGACGAGGUUGAAGAGAAGGUCAAGAAGAUCAAGGAGGCUGCUGGCCUCAAGAAUCAGGCACUCGAUCUUGCAGACUGGAAGCAAGUACUGGACGAGGACUGGGAUGAUGAUCAAUGGGAACAAGAGAUGAAGCGUCGGUUUGGCGACAACUACUAUGCCGACAAGGAAGCCAUGGUCGAGAAUGGCGAGGACGAGGAAGAAGCAGACACAUCAAAGAAGCCUCACAAGCCCAAGUGGGAUGAUGACAUCGACAUCAACGACCUCGUGCCCGAAUUCGAUGAGGAGGCAGAGGCAGCCAAGCUCAGGGGUGAGUUGGCUGGAUCAGAUGAAGAGGAGGAAGAGGAGGCAGAGGAGAAUGACGACGACAACAUCAUUGCUCCCGAUGGUGUCAAACGCAAGACGAAAAAAGAUCGACUCAAGGAGGCUGCAGACAAGAGACGCGUCGCCCGCAAGGAACGCAUGGCCAUCGAAGAGCUCGUGGAUGCAGACUUGACUGGAGAUCUUCCCGUUGCGACAAAGACUGCUGGAUUUCGCUACCGCGAGACGUCGCCAACAUCAUUCGGUUUGACGGCACGCGAUAUUCUCUUUGCCGACGACACUGCACUGAAUGAAUAUGCCGGCCUCAAGAAGUUGGCUACAUGGCGUGACGAAGACAAGAAGAAGAAGGAUAAGAAGAAGCUUGGCAAGAAGGCUCGUCUACGACAAUGGCGCAAAGAAACAUUCGGCAACGAAGAAGGCUUCACUGGUGGUUUCAAGGAGUUUUUGGGCGAGGAAGCACCUGCUCAAGGCAACGAGGACACAUCCGGUGGAAGCAGAAAGAGAAGAGGAAAGAAGCGCAAGGCCGAAGCUUGA